AUGAACUACUUUAGUAUAAUGAUGAGUAAUGUCAACGUGUCUACAUGUUCUAAACACCUUGUUGUGAUUGUGUAUGUCAACUGUGGUGACCUCGAGAGCGAAGGUUGUACUCUGCCCUGUGAGAGGUGUUCAGUAAGCUGCUUGAAACUGCUGAUCUACCACCGGUUCUCUUUCCCCUGUGUGUGUUGACAGUGGGUGAGGAGUGACGGGUGGGGAGUGUGCCGUGUGAAGUGUGAGGAUGGGGACGAUGUGAUGGUGUCGUGAGGUGUGAUUGUAGGUCGACUGUGGGUUGAGGAGGGAGACUGGGUGGCCUGGUCGAAUUCCAGCCUGCCAGACAGUGCUGUUUGUAGCAAAAAUAAUAAUUGUAGGGGUAU